CAUCGUCGCUCUCCAUGAAGCCCCCGAGGAGUCGAGCGUGUGGCCGACCCAUUCGCCGGUAAGACCGCGACGCCAUUCGUCCGCCGAGGUUCUGGCGAUUAAUCGCCCGCCUCCUCGUUGCCUGACGCUAGCUUCCUGUGAACCGUAUCUCCCCAUUUCCAUCGAUCGAGAGAGACUGAGAUGGCUUCAAUCGCAUUUGCCGCCUCCGCCGCCCCCUCCGUCGGCUCCUGUCGUCUGCCGAGAUUCGGCGUUUCUGGCGAGACCGAGCUCUCAAGAUGCCGCUCCUCCUCCUCCUCCUCCUCCUCCUGGCGUCUGGCCGUGAGAUGCAAAUUGCUUGAGCCACUGAGGUCUGACAAUGGAGCAUCACCAUGUAUUCCAAUCCUUAAUGAUCAGACAUUACCUGGCCUCUUGACAACACCACACCUACAAGAGAUGCACAAUAAGCAUGACACGAGGUUGCGUAUCUUCUCGGGCACUGCAAAUCCUUCACUUGCUCAGGAAAUUGCAAGUUAUUUGGGUCUGGAACUUGGAAAAAUCAAGAUAAAGCGGUUUGCUGAUGGCGAAAUUUAUGUUCAGUUACAAGAGAGUGUUAGAGGAUGUGAUGUAUUUCUUGUGCAACCAACAUGUCCACCAGCAAAUGAAAAUCUUAUGGAGCUCUUGAUAAUGAUUGACGCAUGCCGCAGAGCAUCUGCAAAAAAUAUUACUGCAGUUAUACCUUAUUUUGGUUAUGCUAGAGCUGACAGAAAGACUCAAGGGCGUGAAUCCAUUGCAGCAAAACUUGUAGCAAACUUGAUUACAGAAGCAGGUGCAAACCGUGUACUGGCUUGUGAUCUUCAUUCUGGGCAGUCCAUGGGAUACUUUGACAUUCCAGUCGAUCAUGUGUAUGGGCAGCCUGUGAUACUUGAUUACCUGGCCAGCAAGACCAUUUGUUCAGAUGACUUGGUAGUGGUCUCUCCAGAUGUUGGAGGUGUAGCCAGGGCACGUGCUUUUGCCAAAAAGUUAUCAGAUGCACCUUUAGCCAUUGUGGAUAAAAGGCGUCAUGGACAUAAUGUUGCUGAGGUGAUGAAUCUGAUUGGUGAUGUUAGAGGAAAAGUAGCUGUAAUGGUUGAUGAUAUGAUAGAUACUGCUGGAACAAUUGCAAAAGGUGCAGCUCUGUUACACCAAGAAGGAGCAAGAGAAGUCUAUGCUUGCAGCACACAUGCUGUUUUCAGCCCUCCUGCAAUUGAGAGGUUGUCAAGUGGACUAUUUCAAGAAGUUAUAAUUACAAACACUAUUCCUGUGUUGGAGCGAAAGAAUUUCCCUCAGUUGACAGUUUUAUCGGUGGCUAACCUUUUAGGCGAGACCAUCUGGCGUGUUUAUGAUGAUUGCUCUGUUGGUUAUGAACCCUAUUCAAGCUUGGACAUUGACUGAUCUCGUUGAAGGUAGAAAGUGUUUUGGGCAGUAGCAAUUGCCUUCAUCUUGUUCUCUUGAAUGUCCACUGCAUGAAUAUUAUCUUCUAUUUUAGUCACAUGACUAGUUUCUUCCUACAAUAUUCCUGCCUGGAGUUUAGUUUCUAAAAGGCUGAUGGUUUCCUCUUUAAGCAUGUGAGCUGCAUGCAGUACCAGCUCCAUGAUGGGUUGCUGCUUACAAGGUUAAGAACUACAUGUUGGUGUUUUUUUUCUCCAUAGGUUUUUGUGCACAUCUAAUUCCAGUAAAUAGGCUAAGAGAAGAGUUUGUUGCUUGUUUGCAUUAACGUGUGCCCAUGCUUAGGGCAGAAUUGUUGCUUGAAUGUGUAUGGGCUCUAUAUGUUCCAUUCAAACCUAUCUUUUGACUAUUGCCAUGGUUUAGUUGGUAAACGUGAUAUGUUAAUAUGGAGUCAGGAAGCCUAUAUUAUAUUGUAAUGUUUAGUGAGGAUACCAGUGUAGUGGUUUUAUACUAAAAUCUCUAUUGAGAAAUCUCCAUGGUGUUGCAUGGGGAAUGGAAUGAUGAAUAAAGGUAAGCCUAUAUUAUAUUGUAA